GAAUGUGAGAAAACAUGCCUCGUUGCUUUGUGACUAAUUGCCGAAGUGGGUACGAUUCGACGAAAUCCACGGCUGAAAAAAGACAUUUUUUUAAGCCACCCACUGACGAGGUCCGCCUUCAACAGUGGCGACGGGCUAUACCGAGAUUGGAUAAGGAGCUGUCCAGCUCAUGCGCUGUUUGCGACCUCUACUUUCACGAGGAAGAUAUUGUGAAAGACUUCGUUCACAAAGUUCAUGGCGACGUAGUUGUCAUACCGCGUGACAAGUGGGCUCUUAAGGAAGAUACUGUGCCGCGCAUUUUUCCCAAUUGCCCUAAAUACUUGUCGAAGCCAGCGAAAAAACGCAAGGCUCCAACCGUGCGUGCACCGCCUCGGCCUAAGCGUCGGAAAGAGCAAAAGGAGAACGACCAAGAAGCUGCGACGUCGAACUUCUGCGUUUCAAGGGAAAGCGGUGGUGACAUUGACAGCAAUGUUGUGCAUGAGAACAACAUAGAGCUUUUCGAUGAGUUGUGUGGCAUGGCAGCAGCAGGCCAACUGUUGCAGGGUUGGUCACUUGAGGUUGUUGGCACUACAAUCGUGGUGUACAAGCUGCUAAUGAGAGAAGACCUUCCAGAAAUUGACAGGGCAGUCGUAGUGUCGAAAGACAUGACCGCCUCUGUCCGUGCCAAGGGGCAACGUGUGCCAUCAGCUGUGUAUGCUACUGAUUGCGGGCAUUGAAAUGAAAUCAUGUGACGACCUAAAGUUUCUACUUUCAUGUAUUGAAAGGCUGAAUUUUUGUGAAGGUUGCCCUGCUUAUAAUUACCCCUGUGUCUUGUCAUCAGCUGUGGCCAUUAAAAAUGGCGAUACAUGGCAUCGCAAAUCAUGCACAAUUCUGUCUCUAACUGCAACAUGCCACGAAUGCCAGAGUCUGCACAAGCUCUUUUUACGGCAUUGCAAGACAAGCAACAGGUUGAAAUAUAGGAGCACUAAAGUGAAGUCCCUGCAUCGAAAGGCCUUAAGAGCAACUAUGCAGAGAGAAAAGAUGAAAAAAGAAGUAACCACCAUGAAAAAACAAGUUGAGAAUGUUACAGAAGAGAGGGCGGAACGUGCACUUGACAUUCUUCCAGAUAAACAGCAGCUCGCUUUCAGGACUGCUUUUCAGGCAGCAAAGGCAAAAUCUAAAAAUGGGAGGCGGUACACAGAACAGUGGUUAAUGACGUGCCUUCUGCUGGCAGAUUUCAAGC